AUGAAUGACGGUACACUCAUCAUUCAUGGAGAGAAGGUUCCGUCGCGAAAUGUAGGCGGUGUUGGUUUUGUUGUGCACCCAUCUGUCGUCCAUCUCGUCGAUUCUCACGAGAUCCUGUCACCUCGUCUGGCCAUUCAAAAAUCAGUCAGUAUCAUCAACUGCUACUCACCAACAUCAACAGCUGAUGAAUCCGAAUUGGACACGUUUUACGAGGAGCUAGAGGAAGUAGCCCGCAACGAGAAGUCUUUAUACAAAUUCGUUGCCGGAGACUAA